AUGCCGGUAUUUACGAGAGAGCUUCAAUGGGUUAGCCCACCCAGUACCGGUAUUCACGAAACAGCUUACCUAGAACUUGUGGGUUCCGGUACCACUUAUCGUGUGUGCCUUACCCAAGCACACAACGAGGAUCGCAAUAGGAAGCUGCAAUGGCUAUGGGCAGUAGUACGUCGUAUCAGAAUACCACCGAAUCCUAUUUAA